AUGGCUGAAAACGUGCCGACUUCGACUUCUGCUUCGCUGCCCCCACAGCCCUCAGCUGGGGCCCCCAACCAACAGCAAUACGAUGCUGCUCAGGGCAAUGGCCAGACCAACCCGUCUCAUAUGCCCCCGCCCCCUCGCCCACCGGUGAUUAUCCCGCAGAAUACCAACCCGAUCCCGACUGCUAUCACUUCACCAAUGUCCGGUAACAUGAUGUCGCCCACUAGCGCCGGCGGGUUCGUGCGCCGUGCCGCUCCUGAGCCUAACAAGAGGGCCCUCUACGUGGGCGGGCUGGAUCCCCGUGUGACCGAGGACAUCCUCAAGCAGAUUUUUGAGACCAGCGGCCAUGUCAUCAGCGUCAAGGUUAUUCCUGAUAAGAAUUCGCAGUUCAACAGCAAAGGGUACAACUACGGCUUUGUCGAGUUCGACGACCCCGGCGCGGCGGAGAGAGCCAUGCAGACCCUCAAUGGACGUCGCAUCCACCAAUCGGAGAUUCGUGUCAACUGGGCGUACCAGUCCAACACCACGAGCAAGGAGGACACCUCAGGCCACUUCCAUAUCUUCGUCGGCGAUCUUAGCAACGAAGUCAAUGACGAGGUUCUCCUUCAGGCCUUCUCGGCCUUUGGCUCCGUCUCCGAAGCCCGUGUCAUGUGGGACAUGAAGACCGGCCGCUCUCGCGGCUACGGUUUUGUCGCCUUCCGUGACCGCGGCGACGCUGAGAAGGCUCUGAGCUCCAUGGAUGGCGAAUGGCUCGGCUCCCGUGCCAUUCGCUGCAACUGGGCCAACCAGAAGGGCCAGCCGUCCAUCUCGCAGCAGCAGGCGAUGGCGGCGAUGGGAAUGACCCCGACCACUCCCUUUGGUCAUCACCACUUCCCCACCCACGGCGUGCAGAGUUACGACAUGGUCGUGCAGCAGACCCCGCAGUGGCAGACCACCUGCUACGUGGGGAACCUCACCCCUUACACCACGCAGAACGAUCUGGUCCCGCUUUUCCAGAAUUUCGGCUAUGUUCUCGAAACCCGGCUGCAGGCCGACCGUGGCUUCGCCUUUGUCAAGAUGGAUACGCACGAAAAUGCUGCCAUGGCCAUUUGCCAGCUCAACGGGUACAACGUCAACGGCCGUCCCUUGAAGUGCAGCUGGGGAAAGGACCGCCCUCCUACCGGCCAGUUCGAGAACUAUUCCGCCCAACAGGGCGGCUCUGGCUUCAACUCUAGCCCCGCGGGCACCUUCUUCCCUCAGUAUGGUGGCCCCGGGGCUCCCAUGACCCCCCAGGGUCCGUCUCCUGCGGGCCGAGGCUGGGAUCAGCAAGGUAAUAAUUUUGGUGGACCCGGAAUGCCCGCACAGGGCUAUGGUCAGGUUCCUGGAAAUGCAGGCGGCUUCGGUCGUGGACAAAACACUCCCAAUUCUGGUUGGAACCAACAAAACAAUGCCAACUUUGGCAACGGUUUCGGAGGCUACCAAGCCUAG